UCAUUUUCAGUAUCACACAUUCACACAUGACGUCUCGUUUCGAUGUCCGUGGUUCGUAAGAACUCGGAACUACGAAGGAUUAUAAUUAUUCUAAAUUCUGAAUUCUGAAGAGCGUUAAUAUGACGCGCGGACUGCGCUCUAACUGGUAACUCCUCGACUUGGCUCAAACUUGUCCGACGGUAGUACAUCGCGUCUAGUCGAUACUUUGGCACUUGGCUAGGCUAAUACGGACAUGUGUCUGUCGACGUAUCGUGCACCGUAGUAGUUUAGCAGUCGCGUCUGUCAGCCAUCGUAACGAUCGGUAUAAUACGUCGGCUGGAUUAGCCUGUUGGAGUGCUUGUGCGAGUACCCCGCAAGUGUUGGUGCACGGUAUUGUUCCGACCUGAAAAUGGCAUUAAAUCCAACGUCUGCCAACGAUCACACGGUCAACAAAGUGGCCGUGUGUUCGGCGAUUUUUGCUGGUUUCGCGUACGUCGGAUACUCGGUUGCAAAGAACGCCUUCGGGCGACGCCUGGGCCGGAAAAACGAUGACGGGUGCCAUCAUGAGGAUCAACGCCUGUAUUUUCGCCGUCUGUCCCAGACAACACAGACCGACGUUCUACUAGGAAACUUGGACACUUCGGAAACCACUCGUGUGUUCCUACGACCCAUGACUGUCCAGCAGAGAAUUAAAGAGCUCAAUUUACGAGCAAGAAUGUUUGCUGACACAAUGAUGGCUAUACAGACACCUUCAAACAAACAUUCCUUGCAUGGACCUAGGAGCUUACAGGCAUCACCAUGGAAUUCACCUAGAAUAAUGAGUCCUGUAGAUGCUAGACAUAUAUUAGGAAGUCGAUCCACUGAAAACCUAAGGCUGUGUGAUAAUUAUGCAUUGGAAUCAAAUUUUGGCACACCGUUAAGAAGAAAAAGUUCCAACAGGUCUUUAAGAAGAAAAUCCCCACAACCAGGUGAACACAGACUUUCUGUAAGCCAAUCUAAUCAAGAUAUGGAAGAAUUUGAAAAGAUUAACCAACCAUCUUUGUUGAAUAGACCUAUGGAACCGAAUGAAGCUAAAAAUUUAUUAUUAUUGAUGGGAUCCAGAGAUAUUCUAGUACUUGAAAAAGUACUUGUGACUGUUAGUAAUUUAGCAACAUUUACUCCGAACCAAGAAGUAAUGAGAGAAGCUGGAUACUUGAGUCAACUUCAGCAGUUGAUUUACCAUCCCGAAGAAUCUGUUCAAAUAACAGCACUUGUGGCAUUAGGAAAUUUGGCUUUAAACAAAAACAAUUCAAAAGAAAUGAAGGAGACAAUUCCAAUGUUAUUAGCCCUAAUGAAAAUGAUGGAUUCGGAUGAGAUUAUUUACAAUUGUUUAUCAACUAUGACCAACAUUGCAGUAUUCCAUAUGUGGCAUAGUGAAUUGCAACCGGCUAUACAUACAUUAUAUGGUUUAUUAGAGAGCCAAAAUAACAAAGUUGUUCUCCAAUGCUUAAAACUAUUAAUCAACUUAUCUUGUAAUGAUGAUAUGAUUCCACAUCUUUUAGGUGGACAAGCUCCCAAAAAACUAUUGUCCAUGUUGCACUUGAAUGAAAAUGAAGACAUUCUACUUAGAGUUGUAACAUUAUUUAGCAAUCUUACUGAUGCCGUAAAAGCAAUGGAAUUGGAUCCUGUAUUAGAUUUGCCUGUGGAAGACAAAGCUGCAGCUCCUGAUACUAUUUUGUUUAGCAGGUAUGCUAACAUUUAUGGUGUUAACGUGGUAGAGAAAAUACGCACAAAAAGCUUAGUAUUGAUGAAACAGCAUAAAAAUGAAGAGAUUCGAGUGCGUGCACAAAAAAUCUACAACGCUCUAUCUGACUAAAUGUAUGUUGUAAACAAGAUUAUUUUUUACUAUAAUUUAACAACAUAACAUUCCGAUAAUAGUAGUUAAGUUUAAAAAAAACUUAUAUCAACGAAUACCUUGUUAAAAAGUAAGUUUCAUUUCUAGGUUUAUAAAUAUUAUACAUUAUUGAUACAAAAUGACAUUCUAUUUAAACUAUUUUAAUUAGUAACAUAAUGUAUUAUAGAAUUUUUUUUUAUCACCUUUUAUUAUUAUCACUGUUAUUAAUAGCAAUAAUUGUGUGGUUUGCUACUUUGUUAUUAUGAAUUAAUGAGUUCCUAGUAAUAAAGUAAUUGUAAUUUUUAUGUAGUGCCAUACAUAGUUUAAAUUGAAUAUACUUUAUCAAACAAUACUUAUGAACAUUUUGAUGAAUGUUUUGUUACCAUUGUACUAACUAGUUAAUUAAAUCACAGGCAUAAUUUUAAUCCAAAAAGUCUCAAGUAUUAUAUAUAUUUAAUUUAGCGUUUUGCUUUAAUAGUUAAAUCUUCCAUCAGAAUUGCUAUAUAAUUAAUUCUCAAACUAGAAUAAUCAUAUUAUGCCAUAAAUAUUUCUGUUAGCAUGUUUUAAUUGUUAAUUGAUAUAUUUAAUAUUAAUAAAUAACUUUGUCAGUAAUUAUGUUUAAUGUCUAUACUAUUUUCAAUUAAAUAUAUUAUGACAGAGUUAGUUUUAUUUUAGAAAAUGCAUUCUUUAUUAUAACUUAUAGUACCAAAACCUCUAGAUAUAUUAUUUUGCUCUUAAGAGAUUUUUACUUAACAUCUGUUUUAAAAGUGUUGUUACUAUUUUUAUAUUCAAAAACAUUAUGUCCACGUUAUAUGUUGAAAAUUAUGUACUACAAAUAAUAUUAA